AUGCAUAUCUAUAUUGGACUCCUCAGUUGCCUGGUCUGCAUUUGUGCGGGUAUGUCACCAUGAAUCGUUACCUUGAUAACUGUAAUAGACCAUUUUAUGGUAACUAGAAUAAACUGUACUAUAGGUCAUCUGUUUCAAGACUUCAAUAUUUGUGGGCUUGCUUGAAGGAUCGAAACAUCCCAGCUACCUUCAAAUUUCAUACGAAAAGUUGUCGUUUGAAAUGUCGAAAUGCUAUUAUAAUCUUCAGGGAUUUAGGUUCUUCAACUUCUUCAACCAAUCUACUAUUUUCGAGUGGCACAGUGACCUUUUAGAAGCCGUACGCUUGACAACCGCGACCAACAUUUACUCUUUAGUUCGUUUGUCUUUAUUUAAUAUUGUGAAUUUCUAUAUUGCUUUGCCUCUUCUAUGCCCCAAUCACUCAUAGAUUUAAAGCGUUCUUUGGUGUUUUUAGUCAAGUAGCAGAUUACGUAAGCGACAUACUGCUACAUAGUAAGCGAAGUCAUCCACCUCGUCUUACCAACGCCAACGGCAACGGAAUUAUUUUAUAAUAUUGCAUUGUCUUUUUUUUGUCAUCUCAUUCCUGCCUGAGUAUCAGUCACAGUUUUAAAAUUUUCAGCAAUCUGAAAAGAACAUAUUAUAUGUAAAAUAUUUGCCAGUUUAUAUGGUGGGUGUUAUGCAACUGGGUGUUUUUUUGUCUGGGUCUAUCAUAAAUCCCCCCAUGCUGGCCUUAAAAAUAUUUGUCAGAGUUUUGUCUUUUUAAAAAUUCAAAGAGCUUCUUUCGCUUGAUUCGAUCGUUUGCCCAUUCCAAGUUCAUAUAAAAAACAUUUUGGUGGAAAAGAUCUCGAGAUGCUUCUCUCGAAUUCAAUGACAGAUGAUUUUGCAAUUCAGCGCGAUUGAAAUUUGAGACAAGGUUAAUCGUUUCUCCUCCGCAAAGCUACAAAGGGCUGAACAUUGAAGAUAAUGCUCCAUUGUGAUCAUUGAACCUAAUAAAAAGUAAUUUGAGCCUAAUAAAAAAUAAUUCAAAGCCUUAGAUUAAGUUCCUUUGAGCCGCUUAGAUUAAUUUCCUUAACUUCCUUUGUCUUUGAGUCUAAAGCGCUGUAUGUAGUAUUUAAUAUGUAUGAUUUAAGUGUUUCUGCUGGCGUAAUUAGUAUUUAUAUGAAAUCUUCGAGACACAACAGAUUGGAUUUGCACGCUGUAAUUAAGUUUCAUAAAUCAAGUCCACUGUUACGUUGAAUUUCUCUAUAAAUAUUAAUUCAUUUGGGAAACCUUGUCUCAUCAAUGAGAGGACGUGAGGAAUGCUUAGACACAAACAACCUUUUAAGGCAAAACUUGCUAGGUUGUGACUCGUAUUAUCAGUUAUCAACUUAUCACAGUAUUAUUUAGCUGCGGGGUAUAUCUCUCUUUAAUAGCGAUACUGCCCUUAGCUUAUGACGUAGGUUAUGACGUGUUUUGCUGAGUCUGCCUGCUUAGCAGGCGGUAUUAGCGGGCACGCACUCUCCUCCGCAGAGGCUUUUUUGUUUUCUUUGAUUCCCUAUUAUCUCCAAAUGUCCACGAUGCCCCUUUUGAGAUUCCCUAUUAUCUCCAAAUGUCCACGAUGCCCCUUUUGAGAUUCCCUAUUAUCUCCAAAUGACCACGAUGCCCCCUUUUAACCUCGCGCGCUCGCUCCGCCCGCGUGCCCACUUCUCUGCCUAGCCCGCUACUGCCCGCAAACUCUAUAGUCAAACUUUAUAUAUAGAAAGAAAACAAACUACAAUAUAGAAAGAAAACAAACUACAAAGAUCUACAAAGCCUCUGCGGAGGAGAGUGGCGGGCACGCGAAGCCGCAGGCGAUUACUGAGUCGACUUGUCGCAGCGCGAGACUCGAAAUAGCCUGGGGAUCGAGUUUGCUCGAAUGCUAGUCGAUACGUAUUAGCGAAACAGGUUUAAGAAUUGGUAAUGCGUCAUGGUCGAUGACUUUUCCUGUGUAUUUAUGCGUUGUAUGUGCAAUUGAAAAAAUUGGGAGGAAACAUUGUGGGGAAUUUCAAAUAUACAUUUAUUAACUUAUGUUACUUAACGAAAGGGUGUCAUCCUCGUUCCCAGGGCCCCUCGGCCGUGUGACCGAGUGAAAAUGGCUCUGGGGACGAGAAUGAAAGGAUGUAUUAAAGAGAAAUUUUACGCGAAAAUUGAGUUGAGGUUCUGUUUUAUUUUCUAGGGCAAAAUUACUCUAAUUGGGACUACAGUGGUAAGUAAACCAGUUCAUCCUAGAGAUAUUUUUCUAACAUUUUAUAUAGAUCCACUGCACUGACGUCACAAAUCCUUAGAGUGUCGUAAAACAACCACAUACAGCGCAAAAAUUAACCAUUUUAAUACAAAAUUAUCAUAAACUUUUACAAAAUUUGCCUUGUUUACAAAAGUUAUAUUAUGCAUAGAUUGCUAAUUUGUCCUCCAGAUGCACCGGCGCUGUGACGUCAUGUGCAAUGGGCCUAUUGUUUAGUAAUGUCGAAUACAAAAAUGUAAGUAAUUUUGUUUUUUGUCUUCGCCAUUGUCGCCUGCCAAAUUUACCUAAGUCUCUACUACUGAAAUCCUGCAACUUGAUAUGCUACCACUUGUUUUUCAUUUUUAGACCAGGGGGCGAACUGGGUGACGAAAUUUAAAUUGUGUGCAGGGACAAAACAGUCCCCAAUUGACAUCAAAGCGCCUACAUGUGACGAAGGCUUAAAUAACUCUAUCACUUUUACCAACUAUGAUAAAACUGGUAGCAGCAAAUUCACAUUUGAAAAUAACGGCCAUAGUUUGGUGCUGAAGGCUCCUGGUCCCGAUGCGAAGGUGACGUUGGGUAGCCUGGGUACUUUUAAUUUUCAUCAGUUGCAUUUUCACUGGGGGAAAGAUGAUACGAAAGGUUCUGAGCAUCUACAUGACGGCAAAGUUUUUCCAGCAGAGGUAAAGGCAAUAUUGUUCUCUUGUGAAGACUUUUGAAGAUGGAAGUUCGCGUGUAAUUUUUAUACAUUUAUUUAAACUUUUAAAUAAAUGUAUAUAAUGUAAUCUCUCUCAUUCAGCAAUUAUCUAGCUUAAUUCUUAGGUAUUAGAACAGGUCCAUCCAAUCCGUACUCAUCAGCCUUAUGCCAUUUCAGAUGCAUUUGGUUCACAUUAAUUCAAAGUACAGCACGUUCCAAGAAGCACAGCAGAAUGCAGAUGGUUUGGCAGUUUUUGGUGUUUUUAUCAAAGUAUGUAUACCUCAUGUUUUCUACUUAUCGUUUGUUGUUCCGUAUACAAUAAUUUUCCUAGAUUAACUUCUUUAAAAUCACAUUUAGUUAUUUGCCUAAGUGUCGAUCCGUGAGUCGUUUCCAUCAUAUGAAGAUCGGCUGUUCAUAAUUUCUAUAUUCCCAAAAAUACGAAUGCAUCUAAGUAAUCAAGUUCAACUGUUUUGCGGAGAUGCUUAGCUUUCCGAGAAAGACGAAGCUAAAGUUAACGUAUGAAUCGGGAAAAAUCUUUAUCCGAUUUACAAACGUUGAAUAUAUAAACUUCAAAAACUGAUUCAUGAUUCAUGAUCAUGAGGAAAACACAAAGAAAAAUCAUAAGCGCGUCGUAUCUUUAUGUGAUAGAGAUUUCCCUUGAUUUACAUAAACUUUAACUUUGAUUUUCUCGACUUGCACAACGUAUUUUUUGAAAAUUACUUCGCCAAUGAACUUACCAGAUCGAUUUUGAAGCAAUUUAAAACAUUCGUUUAUCAGACCUAAAGAAUAUCUGAUAAAACACUGCUUCUCAUGUUUUAAAACAAUACAUUAAAUUCUUUUGAAUUUUUUUCAUGAAUUAUUGCGUUUUUACAACUAAUAAUUCAUGAGAAUUUUCGUUUGACAGGUUGGACAAGCAGAAAACACAGCGUUCAACUUUUUGAGCUCCAGUCCCUCUCUCAUUUAUGAAGGUCAGUAUUUCUUCUACUUUAACUUCCCAAGGUUGUCGUGAUUGAUUGGUUGCUUAUAAUGACCACCUACCCACUUACCUACCUACCUCCUUGUCUAUCCACCUACCUUCCUGUUUAUCCACCUACCUCCCUGUUUAUCAACCUACCUCCCUGUCUAUCAACCUAACUCCCUGUCUAUCAACCUAACUCCCUGUCUAACACCCUACCUCCCUGUCUAUCAACCUACCUCCCUGUAUGUCUACCUACCUCCCUGCCUAUCAACCUACCUCCCUGUUUACCCACCUACCUCCCUGUUUAUCAACCUAACUCCCUGUUUAUCAACCUACCUACCUGUCUAUCAACCUAACUCCCUGUCUAUCAACCUAACUCCCUGUCUAACACCCUACCUCCCUAUCUAUCCACCUACCUCCCUGUUUAUCAACUUAACUCCCUGUCUAACAUACCUACCUCCCAACUACACAAGUAAAAUCACGUUGUUGCAGAUCUGUGAACAAGUUGUAACAAGGUUGUUGUGAAGCCAAUAUCAGGAUGUGUUCGCACUGCUUGUUCCCAGUUGUUGUGACAAGUCUGGAACAAGUUGUUAUCACCUUGUUACAAGAUUGAUGAUGGUAACAGACUUGCUACAAGUUGUUGUCCAAACAAGACCAAUACAGGCUGUUCGUAACAAGUUGCUACGAGCUUGUUGUUAUCAACUUGUUAUCAACUUGUUAACAACUUGUUACGUGCAGAUGAUAUCAGACUUGUUGGAACAACUUGUUGCGAGUCUGUUGGCUUCAUCAACCUUGUUACAAGAUGAUAACAACUUGUUCCAGACUUGUCAACAACUGGGAACAAGCAGUGCAAAUAUUUUGUUGACAAGCUGUGAGGUACGCGUGUACUUUCUUCUCAACUCUUUACCUAACUAUUUGCCUUCUCGCUUAUUUCAGGAACAAAAGUGAACGUGACUCAAUUUGCAAUCAAUACGCUGUUACCAACAGACCAGACGAUCUUCUACAGAUACAAAGGCUCUUUGACGUCGCCCACAUGCGAUGAAAUCGUAACAUGGACAGUUUUUGAUCAACCAAUUUCUCUUUCGGCGAGCCAGGUGCGUGGAAACAUAUUCUAGAUAGUGUGGUUAGUUCUUGCUGAAAAGUGAAAUCCAGCUGUACAUGGAAGGGAACUGGGUAACAAGAAGUCUUUUAACACUCUGAUGACAAUAUAUUUCCUCGUUCAUUUCAGCUUGCCCAAUUCCGUAUCGUUAAAGACAACCACAACAAAACGUUGGUGGACAACUUCCGCGUCGUUCAAAACCUGAAUAAUCGCACAAUCACAUACUGGAGUGAAGAAAAAUGUGGAUCUGGAGCUGUAGCCCUUGGAGCAUCCAUCUUUUCUGCCCUUUUCUCUUUGUUGCUUUUCGCAUUAUUAUAA